AUGGCGCAUUUGCAAUACAUGCCGGGCGAUCCUCGUCUCGUAGACCAACUAGUAUACGAGCUGAAGUCUAAAGGAAUAUUCGAUCAGUUUCGUAAGGAAUGUAUCGCAGAUGUGGACACUCGCCCCGCGUAUCAAAACCUUCGCCAGCGCGUGGAGAACUCCGUGUCCUCAUUUCUCUCUCGUCAAUGCUGGAAACCGGACCUGAACAAGAACCAACUUCGCGAGAAGCUCAGGAAACACAUAUUGGAUGGCAACUAUUUAGAGCAAGGUGUCGAACGCAUCGUAGAUCAAGUUGUGAACCCUAAAGUGGCAUCAGUAUUUAUACCGCAAGUAGAAGACCUCGUGUACAACUACUUAGGUAUAUCCAGAAAAAAAUCCUUAAGUACAGCAGAAACUUCCAACGGAAAGAUCAGCACAGAUGAUCUUUUACCAACGGACCUGGAAGCUGUUAGUCCAGGUUCUGUCAAAAGCAAUGACGAUAAAGCAGAUGCCAUGGAUGAAGACAAGGCAGACAAUAUUAAAAUGGAUGUUGAUGAAGACAUGAAAGCAGAAGAUAAACUUGUUGACAAGAAAGAGGCUGAACCUGAAAAGGUUAAAGAAGAAUUGCAGUUGCCACCCAUAAUUGAUUUGGUAAUUGAUUCUGAAAGCAGUGAAGACAAACCUAAGCCCUUGGCCCAUGAAGAAAUCAAGUUGGAGAAUAUUCCAGCACCAGAAAAUAGUCCACCGAAGUUUGAGCUAGACAAAAUUGAACAAGCUGUAACCGAAGUUCCUCACCCAGAUGAGAUUCCUUUACCUAAUUUGCCUAAAGAAGAUAAAGAUUCAUACUUUAAACCUGUACAACUUCCUAGUGAUGAGGAUUCAAGUAGCGGUUCUUCAUUGAGGAGAAAUAUGUCGCCUUUGACUCCCAUCAGGGACUACAAUAUUGAAAAUUCCUGUGAUGCGCAACAAGGAUUUGAUGACGAUUCUGAUAGCAAAAGCAAUGACAAAAAAGAGCCAAGUUCAUUUAGAUUUGCUUUAGACACCAAAUCUCCAGAAAAUAGUUUACAAGGACAGCUUGAGAAAAAAGAUAACAAUGAGCAACUAAACAUUGCCUAUCCGUUUAAUAAUCAAGUAAAUAAGAAUACCUUCAACACUCCACUUUACGAUGAUAGCUCGAAUAGCCAUAAUCUACAAAUCGACUACGAAAGUGAUGUAAACAGCAAAACUAAUAACAUGGAAAAAGCACCUGAACAAAAUGAUAACAAUUCUGAGGAUUAUAAAAAAGAUAAAAAGAUUGAUGAAAAGAAGAGCAGUAGUUCACACAAAAGUUCCUACAGAUCUAGAGAUUCUCAUAGACAUUCUAGCAGUAAAGAUAAAAGAUCCGAUUCUAAACAGUCCCGUUCUAGAGAUAGUAGUCGUCACGAUAAAAAAUCUAAAGAUGACCAUAGCAAAUCAAAAAGCAGUCAUAAAGAAGGCGACAAGUCUAGGGACAAAGGUGACAAAAAAGACAGCAGGGACUCAUCUAAACACAGAAGUUCGAGUCACAAAAGCUCAAGCCACAGAGAUGCAACUAGCAGUAAGUCACAUCGCGGGUCUAGCUCAAGCCAGAAACAGACAAGUGAUAAAAGCGACAAAAGGUCUUCAGACGAUAAACGUACUUCUUCCAGUCAUAAAGAAAGAUCGGAAAGAAGUUCCGACAAAAGUACUAGAGAUAAAAAAGAUAGUAAAUCGAGUUCACAUCGAUCUGACAAAGAUAAAGAUAGAAAGAGCAGUAGUAAGAGUAAACAUGAUGAUAAAGAUAAAAAGAAAGAUAAAAAGGACACUGAUGAUCAUUACAGUUUGUCCGGUAGGGGAAAUCACGGAAGGCGGUCUACAGAUCGAGAUUCUAACGACGGUAGCUCUUCGUCUAAGGGUUCUCAAAACCAUUCCGCCUCUAAAACUACGGAAAGCAAAAAAGAAAGCAAAGGAUCUAGUUCUAAAUCUGAUAAUACUUCAACUAGUGGUGAUUCUGUAAGCCCCUGUGACAAAGAACAAGGUAUGAAUAAAGCCAAUGAUAUUAAAAGUUCUCAAAGGCCGAUAAGAGUGGAAAAUCAUUUAGAAGUUCCUAUAGCCAGCCCUCCAAGGUUACCAUUUGUCCCAGACGUGACGUUAAAAAAACCUAAAUUUGCCGCUAAUUUGGAAGAAGCGAAACGCAUGAUGAAAAUGCGAAAGUUUCUCGACGAAGAACAGAAAAGAAUGAAUCAAGAAGCUGCAUUACUUCUUGAAUUUCAAGCAAACGUUAGACCCAGUUUGAGCCAAGUUUAUUCUAGUAUUCCUGGCCCCGAGCUUGAAUUUGCUUGCAUUAACCAUACUAACGAAGUUAAUAAAAUAGAAGCUCAAGGAUAUAAAACAGAACUUGAAGAAACUGAACUUGUACCAAUAGAUUCUGAUACAGUGAAAGAAAAAGAAGAGAAUCAGGAAGUAACUGUAAACAAAAGCGAAAUAAUUAAUGAAGUUAUCGACCCACCAAUAGAGAAUACAGUUAUAAAAGAAGAGAUACCAAGCCUAGACAGACAUGUAACUUAUAACGAAAAUAAACCAUUUUCUCAACUAAUGGAUGAAAUAUCAGAAAUUAGCAAGGCGUCUGAGAAGAAAAAGGAUGACGUUAAGUCUGAUAUUACUGAUACAGAGAGUAAGAACAGGACAGAGUAUUUUGAAGUUACCAUCAUUACUGAAGAGCUGUCGGAAACUGACGAACCCGUCAUAGAUGAACCCUUAAAAACUGAACAUGACGUCAUGUCGCCAGAAUAUAAUGAAGUAGAACCUAAAUUUGAAAUUGAAAGUGUAACACCUAAUAAAACUAAAGUUAAUAACUUAAAUAUGGAAGAUGACUCAUUAAGAUAUUUCAGUGAAGACGAGAAGUAUGAAGCUGAACGUAAAAGAAAUCAGUUCAGUGAUUUCUUAAAAGCUUACAGUGAAAAAAUAUCUCCAAGGAAAGUUUAUUUGCUUAACUGUGACACGUACGAAGAAAAUAUUGUUAAAGAGGUAUUCUUGACUUUCGGGGACUAUGAAAUAGUGAAUUACUAUAAAAAUGGACAUUUAAAACUACCGAAAACCGCAAAAAAUGUAGUCAAAAAUGUAAAUCUUGCAUCAGAGAUAAUAUUACCUUUAGAAAGUAACUAUGACUCAACAUCACCAUCACAUAAUAGUUAUCACUCCAAAUCACCAUCACCGGUAUUCAGUCCUGUCAAAUCUGAAUGUUCUUUCGAGCUAUCCAGUGAUUAUGAUGCUAAAUUGGAAGAGAUGGUAAACAAGACAUCUCGGCAAGAAGUAAUGGAGAUCAUACUUGGCAGUGUAAUAGAAAGUGAUAAUCCUACUAUAGAUUAUUGUACGGAUUCAAGCAUAGAAAGUAACCUGAUUUUAAAGAGGAAGUUUGUUGAAGUUGAGAGUACCGUUAACAAUAAUAGGCAAGUGCUGACUAAGAUUAGGAAGCUCAGUGAUUCAGAUCAAAUAUCAUCAACUACAGAAGAAAAUGAAGAAAUAACAAACAACAACAGGGUUUCACACCCACAGAGGUCGAAAUACUUGGGCAGAGCGAGACGGGUCGGUCUGUCGAGGCCUAAGAAAACUAAUCUACCUAACAGUCCUUCCAGCGACAAAUCAGUAGAAAAUUACGAACAGAACACACCUGUCACUCUUCAAACGCCAAACGGGAAGAUGAAAUCCGCCCCAAGAAACAAAGUCCAGAGAUAUGACAAAUCAGAUUUAUACAAACCGAAGUUACAUUAUCUAUCCAGAAGAAAUAAUAUCAGUUAA